CAGGCAAGGCUCAGUACGCCCUGCUGCUCUCUUGUGUUUCCCCAGCGGCCUCCCCAGGAGCCCUGUGGCCAUGACACAGCUGCUCCUGCUCAUUGUGGUGCUCCUGGUCCUGGGUCACGUGCCACCAGGGAGAAGCGAAUUCAAACGGUGCUGGCAGGGCCAAGGGGCCUGCCGAAUUUACUGCACCAAGCAAGAGUCCUUCAUGCACCUGUGUCCGGAUGCCUCCUUGUGCUGUCUCCCCUACACACUGAAGCCUCCACUGCUCCCCAAGGUGACCGAUAAGUAGCUGGCUCUGGCGUGGACACCUCGCUCUGCAAUAAAACACAUGC